GCGCGGAGCCACACCACAAACACCAUAAACCUGCUCUUCUUCUCUCUGUACUUUCCAUUUCCCAUGGGAUUGUUUAUUCUUUCGGUUCUUACCCUACCUUUUUGUUAGUUACCUGUAUUAGGCAGUAACAUUAAUUGUCCCAAGGAUUAUUUUUUUUCUCGGAAUACAAGAGGACGGAGGGAGUUGACGCGCUUCCAGGAGGAAUAAACGCUCCGACACUUGAGGACGCAACAUGACAUUAACUCGGGACUUUAUCGCCUUUUUGUCAUUCACCGCCAUGGUAGCGGUAUAUCACUGUAAAGCAGAUCGUCCUUCUCCACCGACAGGGCUGUCAUACCGCUGGCUCGACUCGUUCACUGUGAAUAUAUCCUGGCAGAAGCCCAGCCGUGUGCUGGAUGGUGAAGUCGAGUACAAAAUCAGCCUGAUGAAGAACGGAACAGAAAGUUCUAAUUGGAAGACAAAGUCGAGAUAUUUUAGAGUCAACUGUCUCACAGAAGACAUCGGUUCUGAUCACUGCACGAUUCACAUUUCGAGUGUUAUCGGUGGAGGUGACAGUGAGAAAGAGAGCGUGCCCGUGCCCAUCAACAUUCACACCCUUAAGCCCAGAGUUGAAGUGAAGGACAUCAGAUGUCUGGUGUCUUUCUCCCUCAAGGGAAUAAACUGCUCCUGGAUCCGAGGAAAUCAGCCAGUGAAGCUCUUUUACAGGGGUUGUGGGCUUACUGAGGGACAAAUCAAGCCUUUACAGUGUAACGAGACGUACAGCACUGCGACAAGGGACGGUUGUUACCUUCAAGAUGAGUUUUUCCUCAACAUCUGCUUGCUUAUGGACACCAAAGAUGGAAUGAGGACCUUUAUGCCUGCACUUGAGAUACUUCCACCAGAGCUCCGCGUCAAAGAAGAAGGAGAUAACCUCCAACUGAGCUGGACACCUCCAGAGACAGGUCUCAGGAGUUGCUGGGAAUACACGGUCUGCUACAAGCAAUGCAAAGAGUUUAAACAAUGCCUGAAGUUCAGUGGAAAUGAAAAUGGAGAUGAGCAGAUGAAGGUGGCCUAUGAUAAACGCUGCCGUUACGACUUCCAAUCCAAAGUCACAAAUACUGAUCAUUGCCCAAAAAUAUUCAGCAGCUUCGGGGACAUUGUAACUUACGGAACUGAUGAGCCUCCUGAUGAAACGCUGACUGUGGUUGCCAUCGUCGUCCCCGUCCUCCUGUCUCUCUGCAUCAUUCUGUCGUGCUACUGCUUCAGGAAGCACAGCUCCAUUUUAUGCCCCAUCAUACCUGAUCCUUCAGCAAUAUUCAAGGAAAUGAUGAUGAACGGAAACAAAGAACUGAAGCCCACAACAGGGACUCUGUACAAGCCGAUGCCAGAACCCAUUGAACCCUGCAAAAUUACACUUGUGACCGAAAACAGCAGCCUCCAGGAAAACUCCUGAAACGUAUAAGUAGACAGCAAUGCAGCUGGACAAACAUGGGGAAUAUUAACUUUGACUGAACACCAGGCUAAAACACUUUGUUCCACUGACCUCUGCUGCACCUGUACUGGACUGACCUGAUUCUAUGUCACUGCAGCCAGGGAAUAACUUUCACCACUAGAGGUCAGGAAAAUACAACAUUUUCAGCUGCUAUUCAGUUCCUCUGUAAGGUAGUGCACAUGAACACUGCUGGGCUCUACAGGAUAAGGAAAUACACUGAAUCCUUGGAGCGACCUUAAAAAAAGCGGAAAACCCCUCGACAAGACUUUGCUUUUGGACCCAGAAAGUUGUUCAUGGCUGCACUGAGCUGAUAUCCUCCUGCUGAUCACUGGGACUGAGACGAGGAUGAAAGGGGCCGUGUGUUUGCUUGGAUACAGUGGAGGAGCCAACAGAAGCUGGAUUUUUCCGGGAACUGCCUGACUGCUCGGAGGAGCUGUCCCUGGAUAUCUGCUGUGCGAAUCUAAGAGACUCAAAAAGGAGGAGAGGGCAAAUAAAGGAGGCUUAUGUCUUGGCAGCAUGAGUCGUACAUGUGGGAACGACAAGCCAAAGCUACUAUGAUUGUUGUCACGCAGCUAGACAAUGGGCAGGAAACAAUAACCUUCCUACCUCCUUAAAGUGGAAAGGACAAACUCAGUCAUCCCUCAACAGUUGAACUGACUCAUGAAAAUGUCACUUGACAUUACACGUUUUACGUAAGAGAACAAUUCUAGAGAAACAUGCACACAUGACCGCACAUAAACUUGAUUACAACUUCAAUGUAGUCCUGCUGGCUUAGUGUAUUCCUGCCUGCUAACCUGCACACCACACCUAAUUCCACCAUUAGUCAUUCGCUCUUUCUUCUUUAAACCGAGGGAAGCUCUUGUUGCCUUGUUACAUUUACCAACACUUUUUGUUGGCUGUUUGUGGACCCUCUUGACAGUGCUUUAACAGAGAAUUAAAAAAAGUGAAAAUGUUUGUUUUGCUUGUGAUUGUUUGCCACUGGUUACCAUAGCAGUGGUUCAUAUCAGCACUAUUUGUACUUCAGUAGUAAAUACUUGCAGAAAUUGUUGAGGGAUUACAUGACUUUGAGUUAGGUCAUUUUGAACAUUUCUACUAAAGUACAACCCUGAUUCCACAGAAGUUGGGACUCAAGGUGCAUAUUUAUCAGAAACAGAUAUUUAACAGUUUUGAAAAAAGAUGCAAAGGGACUCACACAGACUAUGGAAAGGGGUAAAAUAAAAAUAAAGAAACUAAACGUCU